GCUCCAGUCAGAACGAGCGGCAGAGCCUCCCCCGAGUGUCAAAACCCUGGCGCCCCAGUGGGGGACGGGGUGGGGGAGGUGCCUCGCGCGCCAUGGUCCGGCGGGACUUCUUUGACUUCUGCGCGGCGCCAGGUACGUCGACCAGCUGGGAGGUGCUGCCCCGUGCGGAGGCUGAUCUGCAAGGCCCGCGGCGCGCGGCCAGCUUUGUGGAGGUGCGGUGGCUGGCGCGCCCGCGCAUGUCGCUGGGAGCUCUCCCGGAGCUGCGGGUCGCUGGGCCGGCGGAGCCGGAUUUGCCGGAGCUGGACGAAGAGAUGGAGGACGAAGGUGGGGGAGAGCCCCACGUGAUGCACCUUCACCAGUAUCACGCAGACCCCAUGGACGAGGUGGCGGUGGCCAUCAUCUCCUCGGGGACCACCAUCCUUUUCGCCAUGCUGGGCGCGGCCUUGGCCAUGCGCCUCUUCCGCGAGCUCCUGCGGCCACAGCGGGACUCGGCGCAGGAGGUGCUGCAGAUGGAUAUCCCCGGCAUCCAGCCCUUCCAGCCCUUCGGGGGCCAGGCCCACCGCCUGGAGCGGGAGGAGAAGCGGAGCGGGGUGGUGCAGUCCGGCAAUGCCGCCGGGCAGAGGAGCGCCCCUGAGGAGGAGAGAGAGCAGCAGAGCCAGGAGGAGAGCGUGUGACAUUCUUUGGUCCGG